UCUAGAGAGGGUGUGUGUGGUACAGUCACUGCAGCACUGUGGGAGUACUUCAAUCAGACACUGAACGAGGAUAUGAUGUACAACAGUCAAAGAAACGCGUGCAUGGAAGCAGCGCUGAUGAUAUCGGAGUAAAGGAUCAGAUUUCUGUGCAGCACACGCUUGGUGCAGUUUGCUGGAGGAGCUUCAUGUUUUAGGUGAUGAGGGACAGCUCUGGGGACAUUAUUCUGCUGGAGGCAAGUUCACGCUCAGGCUGCAAAACAUCAAGAUGAAAGUUUGCUGGAUGUUCAUGAUCCUCCUCGGCUGCAGGUUAUCUCAUGCCACAUGCACCUGCGAUGCUGAAAAUUAUCUGUGUACCUGGCAGAGCCAAAGUGCAUGUGCCGUGCCCAAACGUGACCGCCAUCGACAUGAUGUUUAGACUUUUCAAGGACAAGAAAGUGAUUGCCAACAUCACAUGCAGCGAAGAGAACAGUACGCUGAAAUGUACUCGACCAGACACCAUGGCGGGUGUGGAACUGUAUGAAAACAAACAACGUAAACUGGUGGAUUUCAUCCUCACUGACGGUAGGCAUGGAACCUACUCAUGUGACGGGACAGUCACAUUCCCUCCCCCCUACCAAAAAGUACAAAGUCCUUGGAUGAUCCAUGUACAUGUUGAAGAACACAUUUGCAAGCACAAUAACAACAGCAGAAACUGUGGGGAUAAUCCAAGCCGUGGGGUUGACUGGAUCUGGAUUCUGGCGGUUGUACUUCUCAUCAUCUACAGCGUAACUGUUACCAUCAUCGCUCUUAUCACCGGGGUCAAGUUGAGGGAGACAGAAUGCCAGAAUGAUUACAUGAACACCAAACCCAGACCAUCAAAGGACCGCAGGAAGAAAAAAGGGGUUCAGAAUCCUCCACGACACUUGUGAUUUCUCAUGAAUCAUCCGACCAUUUGCACAGCUAUCCCCACUAAUUUAGAUGUAAACAGGAGGGAUGUCCUGGUGGUAGCAUACUCUGAACAGAACAUUAUUGUGACUGAGGUUUUGUAAAAACAUGUAGUUCUUGUUUUGUGCCUACACAGCAAAAGUAGCAGUUCCUUUUACAGUUGUGGUUGAAAAAAAAAAACAAUAAAAAAAAAACGGUU